AUGUCUUCCACGGCACAAGCGUCUCAUGCCCGCAAGAAACGGGCCCAGGUUGUCAGAGCAUGCGAUUCCUGUCGGCAGCAUCGUGUCAAGGGCGGACAAUGUAGCAACGCGGCCAUCAAUUCCACUACUCUCCUCCAGGCUCACAAUGAGAUUGAACGCCUCAAGCGCAAGGUCGACGAGCUUGAAUCAGAGCUUCGGGAGAAACAAAAUAGUCUAGACACUGAGCCGAGACAACACCUGAGUCCACCUUUGACCCUGGGAUUUUCUCCAUCGGCUCCCUCUCCGAGUGCUGGUCACCGCCACCGAAGUUCGCCCUGGUGCCGGGAUGGCAUCCAUGUUCGUGCCGGGCAGUCCCCGAACGAGACGUGGUAUGGACCGUCAUCGCUUUUUCACUUCAUCGGGCGAAUAUCGAGCUGCCUAGGUCCAGCUAGUCCUCAGACAAACACCUCAGACGCCAUCGUCAACUCAAAUCCAACAAGCUCACUCCUCGACGAGACAACGAGCGCUAUCCCACUUAUAAAUAAACGCCAACCGUCUAGCCAACAGUGCAGCAACACGACCCACUCGGCUCUGGAUGGGGAAUACUUGAGUCUGAUGCAGGAAGAGUACUUUCUUGAGCUCUACUGGCACUCUUAUCACACGGCGGUGUUUCCCAUCCUUGACGAGGCCGAGUUCAGACAACACUACCGGUCAUUAUGGACGACACAGGGAGACAUGAGAAGGCCUUCAUCACUUGUUGAUAUCGUGGUUGCCAUGUCGAUGCAGCUUGGGGUCUCGUCAGGGCGACUUUUCAACGCGGCAGAAGGCGACGCGACAGUGGCUGGCCAAGGAUAUUACCUCCGCUGUCAGAAGCUUCUGGCAUACGAGCUGGAGAGUCCAUCGGUCUCCACGCUGCAAUGCCAAAUCCUUUGCAGCGUUUAUCUGUGUUGCGCCACCUUCCAGAACAUGUCAGACAGUGCUUGCGCGAUGGUGGUCCGGACAGCAUACAUGCUCGGCCUUCAUAUCGAUCCCCCGGCCACCAUGCCACUCAAGGAGAGGGAGAUGCGGCGGCGCUUGUGGUGGGCGGUUUAUAUCCUUGACAGCAAGAUUGGAAUGAAGUACGGCCGUCCCUUUCUUCUAUCCCAAUCGCAGUUCUCACCUCGGCUUCCGGAUCAUACGUUAGACGUCGCUAUGCAAGCAGGCUCCAGUUUCGCUCCUCUAGGGGACAAUCUCACAUGGCUGAGCUUCCAUCACCAGCAUGCCAAGCUAUUUCUAAUUACCAGAGCCAUCUACAGCACCAUUUUUGAACAGCAAAAUGCAUACAUCGACUCCCCCACGUCGGACGAGCAAGAUGCGUUGGAAGCCCAUGCCAUAGCUUUGGACAUCAAGAUGAAAGAGUUAGAAGGAUGGGUACAUUCUGUUCCUGCUGCACUUAAAACCAACCGGAUCAAUAACGGUCACCCAUUUUCGACAGAGACUUAUGGCCUAGACAUAGAGCCGUUCGCUCCCCUUUGGCUUCAACGACAACGCCUCCUGCUGGAGCUGAUGUAUCACAACCUUUGCACAAACCUUUAUCGUCCUUUCAUCUCCUUUGGCACAGCCCCAGCCUCCAACUCUGUGGAGCAAGCCGCUAUCAAGUGCGCCGCGCAUGCUAGUGCAUUCACAAACAUCAUGCAUCAGGUUCUGUCUUCCACUACUAUCCUAACGGGUUGGCAUGAAGCCUUCCAAUGGCAGUGGAACGCGUCCAUGACGCUUGUGGGCUUUGUGCUCGCUUGCCCGCUAGCUCCGUCCGCGACAGAUGCCAGGGGGAGCAUUGAUCUCUCUCUAAACGUCCUGGAUAAAUUUGGAGAAAGUUUCGCAGUAGCAGUCAGAGCUGCUAAUGUUGUACGUCAACUUCAUGUCAAGAUCAACCUCGUCGCGUCUCAAGAUUCAGAAAUGCUUGCCGCCUUUGGCGAAAGCAUGAAGGAGAAUAUGGAGCACUAUGCGUCAAAUUACACACGGCCCAGCGCUAAUGCCCACCUUCCGGAUCAAACUGCGGAAGUGACCUUAGCGGAAAAUGAGUUUCGUCUUGAUGAGAUGACGACGGCGUCGUUGCAAAACACCCUCAAUAUGGCUUUCGAUGUUGAUCAAUGGGCCGUGCCUAGGAUGCUGUGGCCGGAUAUUGGGGGAUUCGGUGCCUGAUUGACAAGUAAAUUUCGGAACCGGUUUCAACAGGGCGUUUUGUUUUGUGGUUGGUCUUGUAUUGCCGGUGCGGUCAACAUGUAUGAUGAGCG